CGGCCGAUGGCGCCGCUUGGAGCUGGGGCGCAGGAGGCAAUGGCAGGCUGGGCCACGGCGACCGGCAGCGCCAGCUGCUGCCCAAAAAGGUCGAGGCCUUUGCUGGGCGGCGCGUCGUCGCUGUUGCGGCUGGAGGCAUCCACAGCCUCGCCAUCACCGCCGACGGCGCCGUCUGGAGCUGGGGCGAGGGAGGUGUUGGCCAGUUGGGCCACGGCGACAUGCAGGGCCAGCCACUGCCCAAGAAGGUCGAGACCUUUGCUGGCCGGCGAGUCGUCGCUGUGUCGGCGGGAGCAUGGCACAGCCUCGGCAUCACCGCCGACGGAGCUGUCUGGAGCUGGGGCGAUGGAGAGGAUGGCCAGUUGGGCCACGGCGACGAGCAGCAGCAGCUGCUGCCCAAGAAGGUCGAGGCCUUCGCUGGGCAGCGCGUCGUCGCUGUGUCGGCUGCGGAAUACAAUAGCUUCGCCAUCGCCGCCGACGGCGGUGUUCAUGCUUGGGGUCUGGGCGAACGCGGCUGCCUUGGCCACGGAGAGGACCUGUCGUACCAGCUGCUGCCCAAGAAGAUCGAGCGAUUCGAGGAGAGGGGGCUGGGGCAGUGAGAGGGUUUGCUCGC